AGGAGGAGUACGGAAAACACGGGUAGAGUGAGGGAGAGAAACAGGAACAGAAAGUGAAGGCUUGUCAAGAUGUCUGGGUGAAGGGGACCAGAACAGAACACAACACAACAAAAGCCAGAUAGAAACCAAAAAGAACAAAAGUUGGAGCGGCUGACGUUAUUAAGAAAGGAGGGGUGACCUGACCUGCUGCUACAGAAGCGCCUGCAGGAUGUUGCUUUAGACGAGGCUUCCUGUUAAGCAGAUGAUGUGGGCUGAGUGUGUGAGGUUUUGCGCCUGUCUGUGGGUAAACUUAUUUCACACAUGAGUCGCAACGCAGGGUGACGGCGAAGCCAAACCUAUUUGCUCUUCACUUGCAGCCACAACAUUUCAGCAGCUUGACAAGACCAAAGCAACAACUAAAGGGCAAAGGGACUUGGAGAAACAAUUAGGGUAAUGCUGACCAGCAUAAAUAAACUCAAUUUAAGAUUUUUUUUCAUCCAGACCAAACAACAAGGCCAACUGAAGGAAAACACUCCCACAAACAAAUAUUGUCAAGUGAAAGAAAGCCUUUGUCUUGACAACUAAUGGAUUGACUUGUGCUUGCAGACUUAAAUGAGAUCUAAAUGAACUUUUUAAAAUUGAGAAACUUACAGAGAUGAACACCUUCACUUAAUUUGUGGUUUGACAGCAUUUAAUUUUUAUCACCAUACUUUUAUUAAAACUUUUUUGGGUGUGCAACGAAGGAACUCAGCUCUGCAGGAUAAACGUUAUGGAAGGCAACUUUCAGAGUGCCGAGGAUUUUUUCAACUGGCUUUGGAGUUUUGCUGUGGAAAAACACAAUCAGGGGGUCUACAACACCGUGUGCCUGGUCGUCCUGCUGAUGCUCCCUCUGCUAAUCAUCCUCACCAUCGUGGGGGUGUGCUGCCACUGUUGCUGCUGUCGCCGUGAUAAUGGCUUUUGUUGCUGUUGUCAUGGAGGCUCUUCUAGGUCAGCAACAAAAAAGAACAAAAAUUCCACCAACAGCGAGGACUUGUGGAUAUCUGUUAAGGCUGAGCCAAUGACACCUGAUCGGGUCGCCAUGGGUAUGUUGUAAAGGUUAGCUCCCUGACCCUGGACUAGUUCCUGUAGUCAUGCUGAAUUAUGGGUGGUCAUAAAGGAAGGUGGAUAAAGCCCAGCUAAAGAAAAAAACAUUCCCACCAUAGUAAACAGACUUGGCAUGGACCCAGUUUGGCUUUGUUUAUAAAUCUCUGUCACUUUGUAUUUAUGACAAUGUUUACAUUUUUAUGAGCUUUUUAGCAUAUGGUACAUGAAAAAAAGACAUAGGCCGUUUCUCAAUUCAUAAAAACGCAAGUGAGGACUCAUGUGUUGCCAAGUAGGUUCAAGAACAUAAAUAUGGGUCAAUAGGAAGAGAAACGUACUCGUGAGGUCACCACAUGCUCGGCUCGUCUGGAGUCGGAUUUCACCUCCUGUUAUGAAUAGUCUCUAGAUAAUAAUAAAUUCUAACUCUUUAUCAUUUAAUGGGGGACUAAUAGUUAACACAGACAGAUAAGCACAAAUCAAAUGAACGUUUAAAAUAAAAUAAAAAAAUGCCAUCAGAGCCAUCAGAGGGCUACUGCAGAUGGGCUAAUGUUAGCUCUGACUGCGGUUGGCCUCGGAGGUCUGCUGGUUGCCUAGGUCCUCUCAACAUUGGAACUUUUUUAAAAAAAUACGCACUAAAUCAGUAAAUGGGCCAUAUAGUGAUGCUUAAAAGUAUAAUUUUUCACCUCAAAUUAUCUUAAAACUUACUUUUGUAGAAUAACAGAAAGAGAAAAAAAGAUCUUUUAACUUAAUGCUCUGAGCUCUGUGAGAGCUCCAAGGAAAGCUGCUGCUGCCGUGGUGCAUGCUGGGAAAGCCGUCAGUCUGGAGAACACACAAGUCUGCUCUGCUCUGUAAAGAGGGAGGGGCAAGAACAACAUCUGGGAACUUUGUCCAUUCUUGGUCUGGUGUUCUUGUGAAUUGGAACAGUACUAGGCCUCCGGUUGAUGACCUUUCACAAGCAUAUGAGAAUGCACAGCACACAUAUUGAGAUAUAUACAUAUAUAGAUAUAAUUGACAGCACUUUGUCCUUUGAGCUUCUGUGUGAAAUUCAAUGCAUCCAUACUUGGGAGAGGGAGCAUGCAGAACACCUAAUCAAUUUUUAAAUUGCACAUACCUUUCAGGUUGUAAACUGAGAAAAAAAAAACAAACAGCACUGAUAUCUUAAAGGGAUCUUAUUAUUUUUUUCUUGCUUCAUGUUAACAGUAGAUAAUUAAGUACAGACCACACAUCAGACACAUGCACAGACAAUUUUUGGGACAGGCCCUCAAAUCUAUAAGAAGGAAACCGAAAACCAAAUGUAAUCAUGGAAUACAAAUAAUCCAACGUGGUUAUAUUAUACUUUCAUAUUUAUUUUUUUCAACACAAUUCAUACAUCUGAUCAAACAGGGUAAUUGAAAGUACCAAACAGGUAAAUGAACACAGGCCAUAGUGUGUAUUCUUGUUUAUAACCUAGGAAACCAUUGAAUAAUCAUCAAAUACAUAUCAAUAACAACUCUGAUAAAUUUAGAAAUACAGCAUACAAAAUUAUCUUGAAGAUGAAAUGCCCUUUCUAUCUUAAAAAGCUUACUGAUAUGUUCCUACUGGUUCAAAAAGUUUGUAUGCUGCUCUAUACCAGAGCUUUAUAUUUAGCAUUCUGCAUGUGUUAUUUUGAAAUGGUAAUAAGUUACCAAGUAAAAUGAUUCAUUCAGUGUUAAAGUAGAAAUACUUGCAUGAAAUCCUUGAAUAAAAAUGACUUUUCCUACACGGAAUAGAGUUCUGGCUAGGAUGGUAUAAUUGUAAAAUAUUAUGUUUGUUUGUAUUUUCAAAAACUUCUAUUGUAAAGGUUACUUGAUGUUCUCCUGCAGAAAUAUUGUGAUCAUGCUUUUUUCAUUUCAAUUUUUUAUUUGACAUUAAAAUGACUCUUUUUAGAUGGAAAAUAAAAACAAAAAACAAGUGAACUGGUCUAAUUUUGGUAAACAUUAAAAUAAUGUUUAAAUUCUCACUGUAUGUUUAUAUGCUUACUCGCUGCAGCUGUCUCUAUCUUUUCCCACCUUCCCUGUAAACUUUAGAAUGUCGAUAAACGUGAACAAAGGCUUUGAAAAACAUGAGUACAAAGAAUAUAGACUGUGCUUUAUAUAAUGACGCCUUGUAAUAAAAAAAAACUGAAUGGGAAAA